CUCCUCACCACUCUUCCCCUCUCGUCGUUCUCCCCCCGAACCCACAUCGCACUCUCAUCGCCGUCGUCCCUCUCUCUCUCCCCCGCCUUCCACAUCUCGCCGCUCCCGUUGCCCCCGCCCUUGCCGCCGCCACAGCCUCACUCUACUCAACUCAAGCCCAAACAAAGACACACAGUGUGAGAGAGAGAGCGCGAGGCCGCCCUCAACUCAUCAACGAGGCAAAAGGCAAAGGCAAAGAAGGAAGCAAUUCAGCGUACGAGCGAGCCGCCUCGCACGCACCACGCCGCCAACCAGCAGCAGCAGCAGCAGCAGCAAAGCACACGGCGACGCAUCGGCCCCGCCAUCCGCUUCGUGCGUGCUCAAUAAGUCAAAGCGAACAACAUCUGUCCGGUCUCAGUGCCGCUUUAGCUACCGCGCUACCUCGUCAUCGCCAUCAAUAGGCCGCGUCACGUCGCGUCGACGCGCUAUCAAGUCAUGCAGCCUUCAGCCU